AUUAACAACAAAUCAAACACGGGUCCAGCUAGGAUUUCUCAGUUCAUCAAAAUAGUCUACUCCUCUCGCGUUUUUCAAUCUUUGCUUCAAAUCUGUCAAGUUUGAAGUUGAAGCACCAACACACUCUCUUCUCAGUUCUCUCUUCGCAUUUUUUUGUAUACAAUUACUGAAAAGGUUUCGGGUUUAUCAUAUUUCUUUCUCGAAUAUUGUAAUCCUGGGAUCAGAUUUCUAGAUUGCUGGUCUCGCCCUUUUCUCUUGAUCUAAGAUACGUACUACUCCGACAUCUUUACUUAUUUGAUUUGCGUGUUCGUAUCCGAAGAAAAAUUAUUUAAUCGCAUGAAAUUACUGCAAUUGUGAGUUGGAUGGCUCAAUUAUCUGAACCCGAACGGUCUCCCAAUGUUCAACAAAGGGGUUUUCGACUUCAAGCUCCCCUGGUGGAGUCCGUUUCAUGCUACUGUAGAGUCGACGCAGGCUUAAAAACAGUAGCAGGUGCCAGAAAAUUUGUCCCCGGAUCAAAACUCUGCAUCCAACCCGACAUCAACCCACGAGCACACAAGUCCAAAAACAGUCGCAGGGAAAGAACCAGGGUCCAACCCCCUCUCCUCCCUGGUCUCCCAGACGACCUAGCCAUCGCGUGCCUAAUCCGGGUCCCACGAGCCGAACACAACAAGCUCCGAUUAGUCUGCAAAAGAUGGUUCAGACUCCUCUCAGGUAACUACUUCUAUUCCCUUAGGAAAAGCUUAGGAAUGGCAGAAGAAUGGGUGUAUGUGUUCAAAAGAGAUCGUGAUGGGCGUAUUUCUUGGCAUGCAUUCGACCCCACCUACCAACUAUGGCAGCCCCUGCCACCUGUCCCGGUGGAAUACGGGUCGGCCCUCGGGUUCGGUUGUGCGGUUCUUAGCGGGUGUCAUCUUUAUCUAUUCGGUGGUAAAGACCCGAUUAAGGGUUCCAUGAGACGUGUUGUGUUCUAUAGUGCAAGAACAAAUAAAUGGCAUAGAGCUCCCGAUAUGCUUAGAAAAAGACAGUUUUUUGGAGCUUGUGUGAUAAACAACUGUCUUUAUGUAGCGGGAGGUGAAUGUGAGGGGAUUCAUAGGACGCUUAGGUCAGCAGAAGUUUAUGAUCCGAAUAAACACAGAUGGAACUUUAUAUCGGAUAUGAGCACUGCUAUGGUGCCAUUUAUAGGUGUGGUUCAUAACGGGAAGUGGUUCUUGAAGGGGAUCGGGGCCCACCGGGAGGUUUUGAGUGAAGCGUAUACCCCGGAAUCGAAUACAUGGGAGUCUGUCACGAAUGGGAUGAUUGGUGGUUGGCGGAACCCUAGUAUUUCCAUGAAUGGAAAGCUUUACGCUUUGGAUUGUCGCGAUGGGUGUAAGAUUAGGGUUUAUGAAGAGGAUUCGAAUUCUUGGAAAAGGUUUAUUGAUAGUAAGGUUCAUUUAGGGAGUUCGCGUGCUUUGGAGGCUGCAGCUCUUGUUUCUUUGAAUGGGAAGUUGUGUAUUAUUAGAAAUAAUAUGAGUAUUAGUUUGGUUGAUAUUUUGAGCCCUGAUAAGCAAGUGGAGAGUAAUCCUUACCUUUGGGAGAAUAUUGCUGGAAAAGGUCAGAUGAAAACAUUGCUCACGAAUAUUUGGUCAAGUUUAUCAGUUGAUUCAACGGCUGCAAAUAAGAACCACAAAGAGGAAAGCGAAGAUAGGGCAUGGUGGUAA